UGUAACGGGGGGAAUUAGACAAAGCGUAACAUGGACUCCGGGCCCGUGCAGGCGCUGCAGCUCCGGGACCAACCGCAGCCAGCGAGCGCCGCGACUGGCUCGGCCGCAGCCAAUGGGGCGGGCCCGGGCCUCCAUGUGACGGCGAGCACUUUCCCCCGGCCGCACGGCCGCGCCCGCAGCGGGCCAGGCUCACCGGAGGCGGCUGCGUGGCGGGCUAGGUGGCCCCGGGUCGGGGACUGGCGGCGAGAGGCUGCCAGACGCCAGGCAGGUGCAUGGGGCGGGGAAGAUCGCCGGUCACCGAAAGACUUACCUGUCAAACGCCUACCUGAACAGGGCGCCGUGCCAGGCUGCCGCUGUCGCCUGGCGGGAGCGGGGCAAGAUCAGCAACCUUCGCCUUUCCUGGGUCUUUCCUUUUGACUAAAACUCUGAUACUAAGACGUAGGGAGAAAUGCCAUGAAGUGGUAGGGAGACAUUUGCGGUAAAAGUCAUUUAAGCAGUUUCCAACCCAAGGAGAAAGUCCUUGCCUCGGAUUUGGGGCACUCACAACUUUAUCUUGGAACGAAUAGCUACCCAGCCUCAUGUGGUCCGUCUCUGCUAUGAAAGAUCUAUUGGAGAGUCAGUUCUUGUUUUAAUCCGAGUCUACUCUUUUUUUCCCCAUUCUUUUUCGCCAAAAUUGUCUUGUGUCUGAAGCAGGCAGAUGAAAGGUUGUCCUCUGCUGAGAGGUGUUUUCCAACCUGAUAGUUUCUCCUCUUGUUUUUGUUGUACGAGGGAAAUGUAUUUCCCGUCUUUCUCGUGGGUGGGGAGAAGCAGGGAUAAAGAAAUAAGGCCAGGAAGACUAUUCGGAAUUGUAGGUUUAUAACAAGACAAAUGGUCCCAGCCCGAUACUUUAGUAUCUCCUUUUAUCAGAAUCCACCCUUUUCUGUGAACAAUGGGAAGUCUCAUCUCUAUCAGGAUCUCUCCAUGUCAGUGAAUGUUCAAUCAACAUUUACUCAGUGUCAAUGUUCUUUGUAAACAUGCUGCACAAAAUGGGAGGGGCGCUCAGGAAGGUGUGUCUUCAGAUACAGCAAGGCCUUACAAAAAGUGGUUUUCUAAGGUUUCAGAAAGGGCUUCAGAGAGAAGAGGGGGAAGAGAACGGACCCUGGCGUAGUGAGCCCCUGUGGAUCAGGCACUGAAAGUGAAGAAGGGCAGCCCUGGCAGGGAGGAGUAUGAACAGAGGUCCAGAGCACGCUCAAGGGACUGUUCUAGACUGGUUACAACACGACACUAGAUUUUGAGCCCUUCUGACCCCUUGCGUUCUCACUUUCCUUGCCCUGUCCCUCACGAGCCAGCAGUCUCUCCUAUUCCACACACCCGGCCAAGAAGGAGGUGUGUGGGCAGGGGCUGUGUGGUAAGUGAUCUAAUCACAGUACCAGAUUUGCUCAUCUGGGAGGUUAGAGCAGUUUUAAAAACUGUUAACAUCUCGUGGUAUAAUAUUUUGAUUGAAAACACCCCACUAUUAUAACUAAUUUGGAAUGGUUUGCUGUUUGUAAAAACACUUUGUUCCAUGUUUUGAUCUUCCCUGGGCUUUAAACUAUGAUUCUAGAUCUGAGAGAAGUAUGAUUUCAUGAUUGGUAUAAAUUUGAGGGGAAAAAAAGUAAUAAUCAGAAAACUGUCAAAUGUGGAGAAACAGAUAUUCACACAUACUAUAUGCAUGAGUACAAGUUGGGCAGAUCCCUUUGGAGGAUAGUUUGGCAAUUUUGGAAAAAAUAAGUGUGUGUUUUCUUUGACCAGGUCAUUCCACAUCUAGGAAUUUAUAUUUCAGGGUUAUAUAUGCAAAAAUGAUGUGUUUCAAAAAUAUUUACACAUGUGUAUAAAAACAUAUGUACAGGCAUGUUUGUAACAGCAAAAACAUGUAAUAGUGUACAAGUCAAAUAACCAAAUCCCAGUAGGAAACUAUUUAAGCAAGCUCUGCUAGAUCUGUAAAAGGAAACUGUACGUAGCCACUAAUAAAAAUAAGAUAAAUCUACUUGUACAUGGAAGAGUGUCCAAAACCUAUAAGUGAAAAAAGCAAACCACAGAACAAUAUAGAUAGCAUGAUCCCAUUUGUAUUUGCACUUUUUUUUGUCUCAAAACAUACAUGUUAUCAGACACACGCUUAGAGGAAAUCUGGAAGUACAUGUAAGAAGCAGUUAACAGUGGUUAUCUCUGGAUGUGAUGUCACUAUGGCCAUCCACUUUCUGUUACAAAGUUCUGUGUGUUUGCAUUGCUUUCAUGUUGAGCACAUAUUGCUUUGAUGACAAGAAAAAUAAU